AUGGUACAAACGAAGUCUAAGACGGUUCCAACCACAGAGCGACUAAAGGCGCUGAGAGAGUUUAUGAGACGACCAGAGUGCAAUGUUCAAGCCUAUGUCAUACCUUCAGAAGAUCAGCAUGCGAGUGAAUACUUGGCGGACUGCGAUGCACGACGCGCUUGGAUUUCGGGAUUCAGCGGGUCUGCAGGUUGUGCUGUUGUCACCCUAGACAAUGCGCAUCUGUUCACUGAUGGGCGAUACUUCCUGCAAGCGGAGCAACAGCUCGACAGUAACUGGCAAUUGAUGAAGCAAGGACUGAAAGGUGUGCCAACGUGGCAGAAGUUCCUAUCUGAGAAUCUACCAAAGGGAACUAAGGUUGGCAUCGAUUCAACUCUAAUAUCUGCCGAAGAUGCACGAGUGCUCAAGGAAGAUUUGGGCAAGAAGGACUCCUCCCUUGUGCCAGUAAGCUGGAAUAUUGUCGACAGAAUAUGGCUAGAUCGCCCGGCCCGACCAAAGAAUCCCAUCAUCGCCCAUGAGCUUGAGUAUGCUGGAAAAUCUUCGACGGAGAAAAUCAAGGAAAUCAGGGAAUAUCUGGUCAAGAACAAUUUCAGCUCAAUAGUGGUCAGCAUGCUAGACGAUGUGGCAUGGCUGUUCAACCUAAGAGGCAGUGAUAUCGCCUACAAUCCGGUGUUCUUCGCAUAUGCCCUCAUAACGGACAAGGCCGCCAUUCUAUUUGUCGACCCAGCCCAGCUAACUGAGGAAGUUCGAAAAUAUCUCGGCUCCGAGAUUAACAUUCAACCUUACGACUGCUUCUGGUCUCAUCUCGCCGAACAUAAGAGUACUCUUUCUGUGAAUCCAGAAAAGAAAAUUCUCAUUAGUAGAACAACAAGUUGGGCCAUCGCCAGAGCGCUGGAGGAGCAGAGGGUUGCUGUUGGUCGAUCGCCGGUUGCGGACUUGAAGGCCGUGAAGAACGAAGUUGAAAUCGAGGGUUUUCGACAGUCGAAUAUCCGCGACGGUGCCGCCCUUGUCCGUUAUUUCGCGUGGUUGGAAGAACAGCUACACCAGCACAAGACGCUGUCUGAGACUGAUGCGGCAGAUCAGCUGGAGAAGUAUCGCUCAGAGAUGGAGCUCUUCAUGGGCUUAUCAUUCCCUACUAUAUCCGCGACGGGAUCUAACGGAGCGAUCAUUCAUUACCAACCCGAUCGGAACGAUUGCGCUACGAUCGAGCUAGACAGUCUGUAUCUUUGUGAUUCCGGAGCACAAUACAAGGAUGGGACUACAGAUACUACACGAACUUGGGCAUUUGGUAUCCCGAAGGAAGAAGAAAUCCGAGCCUUUACCCGCGUUUUACAAGGUCACAUGGCAAUUGACAUGGCCGUCUUUCCGGAAGAAACAUCUGUUGACAUAAGAGAUGCUUUUGCGCGCCGCCCAUUAUGGAUAGAUGGUCUAGAUUAUCGACACGGGACUGGGCAUGGAGUGGGCAGUUUUCUAAAUGUACACGAGGGACCGCAUGGCAUUGGUCAGCGCAUCGUCCUCAACGACACUGCCCUAAAAGCCGGCAUGGUCGUGUCGGAUGAACCGGGAUAUUACGCCGAUGGUCGCUUCGGCAUCCGCAUCGAGAAUGUCAUCAUUGUGCGAAAAGCGGAUACCCCCAAUCGCUUUGGUGAUCGAGAUUAUUAUACCUUUGAGCAUGUUACAAUGUGCCCGAUUCAAACCAGCCUGGUUGAUGUCUCCUUGCUGACGAAAGCGGAGAAGGUUUGGCUCAAUGAGUACCAUACAGAGAUAGAACAGAAGUUGUUGCCUUUGCUCGAAGCGAAGCAUGAUGAACGAGCUAUAACUUGGCUGAAGAGGCAAUGUGCUGCGGUCUAAAGGCAAUGGAAACUUGGGCAUUACUUUGGCAAAUCGUCAACCCUGUAUCAGUACUGUACUCAGCAGGUUAACCGUGGAGCAUGCCCAAGGUUUCUCGGUGCAUAGUUCCAGCCCCUAGUUGAACACUUGUCCUUGUGAGAUACAAGAUUUCUUAUCCAUAGCCUAUUGCUGAA